UCAAUACCUAAGGAGAAGACUGUCUCUUUUUUUUUUUUUUUAAUGUUUCUUCAAUUGGAGGCCAUGGCUAUUCUUAAGCAAUUUACUUAUGGUCUCUCCAAGAACCUCGGAUAAACAAGAUUCACUUAAAGUUCAAAAAAAAAGAAAAAGAUUCACGGACAUGCACACCAUCCUUUCUUGUCUUUAUAUGCAUCUUGUUUUAUCAUCUGAGAAUCAAAGUUCCAAAACAGAAAACCUACAAGACUGUUUAUAUUUCUCAAAUGUCGCAUCAACUUGACCCGGUCGCUGAGCUCGAAACAUUAAAAACUCGUGUUCAUCAACCAGGAAGCCCUAGUUUCUCAACAGUUGGCCACCGUCACCAAUCUGGUGAAGCUUCAAAGUUGUCGCCUACUGGCUCGCCAAGAAAGGAAAAUGAGCAUCAUGGAGAACAUUCCCACCAUAAGAAAUCUUUGUUCUCAAAAAUGAAGGAUAAGGCAAAAAAACUGCAGCACAGUCUCAGCGGCAAGAGGAGACAUGAUGGAGAAGGUGACGCAACCAUGUCGCCACCAUUUGGCAGAUCCGCAGAGCACCAAGUUAGAGAAGCAGGAGGUUAUGCCACACUUUCACCACGUGACAAGUCUAAAGACCAUAAAGUAAUAGAAGAAGGAGAAUUAGAAGAAGAAGAUCCUGAAUAUCUUGGAGCCCCAAUGUAUGAAUCAAAAAAUGCACCUGAAGAGCUAAAGGCCACUGCAAGACAGCAUCCCCGGGAAACUCCUGUGAUCACUGAGACGAAUGUCUUGUCUGUUCUCCCAGCCAAUCACGACGCUCAACAACAAAAAGAGUACACAAACAGGGAACCUAUUAGUCCAAGCAGGACAGUAACUGAAACAGUAACAGAGACGCUAGCACCUGCUUAUGCUAAAGUCUCUGACGUUACUCACGCUAUAACUAAGAAGAUUCAAGAUAUGGCUUUCCCGGAAUCAACAGAACCAGAGAUAAAGGAUGUUUCAGCAAUCAACACCGCAGGAACUAACCAACCUGCUGGCUUCAACACUAAGGUAUGGGACAAAGGCGUGUCGAUGAAGGAAUACAUAAGCCAGAAGUUUACGCCUGGGGAAGACGAUAGAGAACUUUCUCGAGUGAUAUCUAAAGCUAUCAGCCCUCGCAAAGCUUCUUCUGAGGCUGGUACAUUUGAUGGAGCUACAAACAUGGUACCUUCUUCAAACUCAUCAGACAACAAAGCUCCCCUUUUAGCCAACACGAAUGAAAUUGUUAAGGAAGAAAAUCAUGGGAAGAUGCUUCAAUCGAACUAAAGAUCAAAGUGGCUUUCUUAAAUCUGUAUUGGCAUAUUUUUGUUGUAUUAUGAGAUUUAACAAAUCUAUAAUAAAACAUGAUUUUUUU